GGCUCUGCGCCUGCGGGAGAGGAGGAAAAAAGUAGCUGUCAGCUGGGAGCCGCGUCCAAUCGGAGAGCGGCGGGUGGAGAAGUCUGUAAUGUUGUCACCUGACCGUGGUCGUUCGGCUCAGCGCCUGAAGAAGCUGCGGUGAAGCUACCCCUGAUUAAAGGGUGGGAGGGCAGGGGCGAUGCUCCCCUGAAGAAGCAGCAGUGGCCGAGGCGGAGCCGGGUGUGAAGAACAGAAGCAUGCUUUCCUCUGAGGCCAUCACUAACGUUUGUGAUACAGGAUGUCUUUAAGCGAAAGAAACAGUGUGGUUUUUGCAUAUGAGUCUUCAGUGCACAGUGUCAAUGUUCUUCUCAGUCUUGAUGAGCAGAGAAAGCAAGAUCUCUUUUGUGAUGUUACCAUCUUAGUGGAAGAUCAGCGAUUUCGGGCUCACCGGUCCGUGCUUGCAGCAUGCAGUAGCUAUUUCCAUUCAAGAAUUGUAGGUCAGUUGGAACCUGAUCUUAGAGUUAUUUUACCUGAAGAGGUUACACUAAAAGGAUUUGAUCCUUUGCUUCAAUUUGCCUAUACGUCUAAACUUAUUUUAAACAAGGACAAUGUGGCUGAAGUUUGCAAGUGUGCUGAAUUCUUGGGGAUACAUGACAUCGAGGAAUCUUGCUUCCAGUUCCUCAAAUUCAAGUUUCUGGACCAUAAACCAGGCUGGCAGGAGUAUCAGAAAAAGAAAUGCUGUAAAUCGCGUUGUCGGAAAGAGGACCAUAAAAUAGAAGUCGCUGACAAUGAGGAUCUAGAAAUAAAUGAUGGAGAUGAAAAUUUGCAAAACGAAUGCAUUCAAAACACUCAGUUGAGGGCUUGCAAAGGUGAACAAAAUUCAGAAGUAUCUGUUCCACAAGACAGUGCCAGUCAAACAUGUGAAUCUGUAUCAGAAAGGAGUCAUGUGUUUGGUUCAGCAUCCUUAUGCCCCAAAUACAGGAAGUUCCAAAAAGCUCUGGAGAGUGAUAAAGUCCCUGUUAUGGAGUCCAGCUCCAGUAUCAAAGAAGUUCAGGUUACAUCUGCUGCAUCCAUUCAUCAGACUGAAUCAAUUUCUACUGGUGCUAUACAGAAAUCUCUUGAAUGUGCAGCGGUACAGCCAAUCUCAAAAUGUGAAGAUGCUCAGGAAGAAAUGGAAGAAGAUGGGAAGGAAGAGACAACUUCUGUGUUCCAAAGUAUUGAAACCAAGUCUAAUUCUGUGUUUGACCCCCAUAAUUCUUCUAUUGCCACUCAUGGACUUUAUUCUGCUUCUCUCUUAAAUGUUUAUAAUCAAUAUUGUGACUUGACUACUAGUAGUAUGCCGAGCAAUACAGAUGCAGCUGGAAAAAAUUGCAUUGUUGUGGGAGCUGGAAACUGCAAACCAGUCAGUGAAAGCACUGAUGGGGGGCUGUCUUUGAAGUCUCGCUUGUGUGACAGAGAAAAUGUGAAUAAUUCUUCACCUAGCAGUCGGAGCAGCGUAGAGAGAGAGAUAGCCGAACAACUAGCAAAAGGAUUUUGGAGUGAUGUUUAUACAGAUACAGAAUGUCCGGUGAACUUAUCUCCUUCAUCAACUAAAGAAUUUUCAGAGCAAAUCUAUUCUGAAAAGAAGGCAGAAUGUCCUUGGUUAGGUAUCCGGAUCAGUGACAGUCCGGAGCAUUAUCCUCCAAGAACUUUUACAACAUUGAGCUCUGUCAAUUGCCCCUUCAUCAAUAACCUCAGUACUGAAAACAGCUCCGAGAUAAACAGUGGAGACUGUGUGCCAGAACAGCAGCCAGAACAAUGUCAUAGUUAUGUGAUAAGUUUGGAAGAAGAUUCUGAAACUGAUACAGAAGGAGAUAGUGAAUCCUAUUCUGCCAGGGAACAGGAAUGUGAGGUAAAGCUGCCAUUUAAUGCACAGAAGAUAAUUUCACUUUCUAGAAAUGACUUUCAGGCAUUUCUGAAAAUGCACAAAUUGACGCCAGAACAGCUGGAUUGUGUCCAUGAUAUUAGAAGGCGAAGUAAAAAUAGAAUUGCAGCACAGCGCUGUCGUAAGCGAAAACUAGACUGCAUACAAAACCUUGAAUCUGAGAUUGAGAAACUGCAAAAUGAAAAGGAUAACUUGUUGAAAGAAAAAGAUCACAUUUUGUCAACAUUGGUUGAAACGAAGCAGAAUCUGACUGGACUUUGUCAACAAGUAUGCAAAGAAGCAGCACUGAGUCAUGAGCAAAUACAGAUACUUGCAAAAUAUUCCACUUCCGAUUGUCCACUUUCAUUUUUGGUCCCAGAGAGAGAACAGCCAGCGCCUUCUGAUGUCAUGUCUGCAAUACCAUUGUGUGUAGAAUUAUCUGCAGGUCUUUCUCUUGCAUCUGCUAAUGAGCAAAGUUCCAGUUAUCAGCGUGUUAAAGGAGCAUGUGGUGCAGGAUAUGAUCAAGCACAAGAAUCAUGUCCAGUUCCUGUAAGGAUAUCAGAGAAAACAUUAUGUCUGGAGCAGUGUGCGCAGAGUGGCAGUGGUAUCACAGAUUUUUGUCGACAGAUGACUGACAAAUGCACUACAGAUGAAUAAUCUUUCUGUUAAACUCAGCCUUGCAGGAUUGAAGCAUUGAUAAUUAAGUAGGAAGUUAGAGAACUUUCCAUAGUUUGUACUUAACUAUCCACCAUCCACAAUGAAACCUAAAUGUAAUUUUGGGCUUUUCUUUUCUGACAUGCAAAGGAGACACUGUCUUAGUUUGUAACAUGCUUCAGUAAAAAAACAAAAGGGAAUUUCUGCAGUUCAGAUACUUCAGGUUGCCCAUGUCAUGAGAUGCAAAAUGAUGGAACAGAUCUUUCACCCAAUUCCCAUGCAGUUCCAGCCCAGGUUUUAAAAAAAUACACACACACACACACGAAACACAACCUCAAGAAUCCAUAUCCUUUAGAAUAAUGGGUUACAGCAUUGGAGACAUACCCAGUCCUUCAGAGUGAUGUCCUUCCAUACUCCCCAAGCACUUGAGGUUCUGCUUACUUUAUUGCUCCAUGGUAGCUUGUGCAUCCUGCUUAAAAUUAAUGUGUUGGUCAUAAGGAAAAUUAAAAUUUCUCAAGAGUUGUGGGAAGGAUUUCAACUCUUACUAUUAUCAGUGGGACCAGUUCAGAUAUAUUUUUAAAAUGAUUAUCUUAAAUGGAUAGCUUUAUGGGCUAAAUUAAUUGUAGUUAUUCAUAUUCAGUUUUCAAUGGCUUAAACUUCAGUUAUAAGAGAUGCUACUUGGAUUCUUCAGUAGUUUAUUAUAGAGAAAUGUUACUUUAGGCUGUUUUGCAUAGUAUUAAUUACACAAAACCUGUAUAAAAUCUGCAAUAGCUUAACUGCUCUUGAUAACAGAAAGUUUAUCUACUGAACCUCAAACCUUUUUGCUUAGUUUACAAAAUAUAAAAGCCAAUGGAAUUCUUCAUUUCCUACCUCAGAACAGACAUCAGUUUUUUAUAUCUGUUUGGAAUAUGAUCAUCUUUCUGUAACUACUAUUUGCUUUGCAGGAUUCUAGAAUAGUAAAUCUGCUAUCUCCUCUAACAAGCUAAGAUAUUGAUUAGGUUAGUGAUGAUUUUGCCUCUCUAGAAAAGAGUUGCAUUUAUAAACUGUAAACAUAUUUGGUGAACAUUUGGCCAAAUACACCAUUUGAACAGUACUUCUAAUAACCAGCAUGUAUUACAAAACAAAAAAACCUACACUACCUCAUCGAGUGAUUUCUAGAUCAUUCAAAGCUGCAGUGAUAUUCACAAAUACUUGUCACGGAUUAGCAUUAUAAUUUACACAGCUUACAGACUUUUGACUUCAUUGUGGAAGUUCCUCUGAGUUCACAUGGUUUCUUUUUGCCUGUUUUGUGUUCAUCUCUGUUGUGAAAAUUUGGGAGCGGAGGGGUGGGGAUGUAAUAAGCAUUUAACCAGCAUCUUUGGUGGUGUGUGUGCAUUUUAUAAGUCACUUGUUCUAAAGGGUGCACAUAAUUUCUUUUCUGGGAGCUGCAUGCUUCUACUUCUUAUUCUGAUCUGCCCUGUUCUCUUCUGACAAAUCAGUUAGCAGUGCCAAAUCUGUUGGGCAUACAGUGCAAAAUCUAUACCCUUGAAGUAGCUUGAUUCUCUUUUGAAAGGAAGUAAUAUUGACUCAGUUACUUAUGACAACAAAUCAUAAGUGCUAUAUCUCUAGAGGACUGAGAUUUUUCUAAUUCUCUAUGGGCUGGCUAGUGUUUGGUUGAGGUUGAAUCAGGGGGCAGUCGGGCUCAGGCUUCCCUCUCAAAGGCUGGUUGAUAAUGGAUUACUAUAGUGAAGGGAAGCUGUGAAAAAGAGCCUCUGCUCUAUUCUUGCAGUUUGCUAAUAAAUGUAAGGUCUGUAAAUUGGAGCCCCAGGUCCAUUCACUUUUUUUUUUUUUAAAGGAAUAACUAAAUAUGCUCACUUUCUAAUGUCUAAUUGGGGGAAAAUGAGGUGAUUUAAUGCCUAAUCGGCUGCCUCCUAGAACUGUUUGUACAGUAAUGUUUCAGGUUGCAUGCAAACAUAAAAAGACUAAAUCAUCAACUUGCAAAUAUUCGGAAUGAAUGUUAAUGGCAAUUUUAAUAUACAAAAAUCUCAGGUAAACUUGUGUUCUUAAAUUUCAGCUAAGAGCAUUCAGUUUUAAACUUGUAAAAUAUUUUCAUUGAGUGAGGCACGUUAAAAGUAGUUUUAAAUAUGUGGGGCAUAAUGUUAGAAAGUCUAACAAUAAAACAGCAUAAAGAUUGUAAAAAGAAAAAUUCCCUGCAUUACAAUUGAUUUUUAAAUCUUUCUUAGUCCACUGUUUUUUCUAAUGCAAUAAAAACCACUAUCCUUUCUAAGAAUGUCUUCAUUUUUGUAGAAUUUUGGCAUUGUAAAAUUGAUGCUUACUGAUUGAUUCAUUUACUACAAAAGCUGAACUCUGGAAAAACAUUAUUUAUACAGUUUAUAUAAUAUAUUAAAAAAGCAACUAUUACUGAAUUGGAAUAAAACUCCUAAAAACUCCCUCUCAAA